GCCAAAUAAAUUUGCAUGUUUGCAAAUGAACUGUAUGUCAGUGUCCAGCGGCUCGGAGCUGCGGCUCAUAAUCCGACGGUUUCGUAUGUGGACGCAUCAAACUCUUGGACUGUGGACUUUAUCUCAAGAAUGCAGCUGUCUCUGGGAAUUAUGUUUUGGAAAAAGCAGAAUUUGCUGUGGCUGAUGAUCGUCUGUUGUGCUACGUGCCAGAUAACCUGCUCAAAAAAAAUAAUGAUAAUUGGUGAGACUUUGACAUAUGCAAAUUUCCGGAGCUUCAAUAGAUCAACCUGUCCAGCUAUAAACGUGACGUGUUCACCAGAGUAUGAAAUACUGAUAGGAGAUUUUUGCAUAGUAAAUGUCAAACAAAACACCUCUUCCCUGGGACAAUGCGAAUCAUACCAUUUCAACAUAACAAACAAUGGGGGGAAAUAUGAAGUAAGAAUGAAUGCAAUGGCUGAAAACAUAACAAUGUUGUUUCUCCCAAAUGGAUCUCAAUGUCUUCCAUCAAAUGUCCUGAAUUCAACAGGAUCCACAUCAAAUCAUAUUGGGACUUGCCAGACAUGGCAAAGCACCAGUUACAGCCCCACCACCAGCCAAUCUACUACCACCAUUACUAACAAACCUAGCAACUGCCCUUCCAUCACCACCACCUGCAAUGCCAGUAAUCCAGAUGCAUGUUGUUUGAAAAUCCCUCCUGUUGAUCCUGAAAAGACAUGUAGAAACGCUACAUAUGGAUAUGAUACAUGCAGUGGGAACGAACAAAGCAAACACAUUCUGCAUUUAAAUGGGAGUGAAUGGAUGUGUGUGACCUGCAUUGAUGGAAGAUCGACAACUCACAAUCCAACUACCAGUUUUGUGCCAUAUGGGACAACUCCCGCGCCAACUGUCCCACCGCCUGAGGUGACUUUCAAUCUACCAGCUGGGCAGAACGACACAGAAACACCACAGACAAACACAGAUAAAGUUGAGCCCCAAAAGGCAGCAGAAAACUUGAACAAAGUAGAGUCGCUGGUGGAGCUGAUGGAAAAAAGCAAUAAAACCAAUGCGGCGAUUAUCAUCGGGGAUGUUAUUGGUGUUUUACAAAGACAACCCAAGGACAAGCCAACCAAAGACAUCAAGAUAUGCUACUCUUCAAGCCAGAACAUGAUAAACGUUGUUGAGAGCAACCGGGCAGGUUAUCCCUGGUCUGUAAGGAUUCCCAGUGAAGCCUUUGAUAAAUCACGUCAAGAAAACAAUGGAAGUGCAUUUGUUGGAGUUUUACGAUUCAUAAACAUGGGAAAUAAGGAUGAAACUAAAACUCACACUGUUUUGAACAAUGAGAGUUAUGGAAUAACGAUGGGUGCCAACAUCUCCAACCUUACAGACAAUAUUGACAUGACCAUUAAAAAGAAAAAUCUGGUUGGAAAUGUGUCCUGCGUUUCUUGGAAUGGCAAAGGAACGCUUAAUUGGACGACGUUCGGCUGUGAGACAAAAAUCGACAACAACACCAUAAAGUGCUCCUGCUCACAUCUGACGUUCUUUGCAGUGCUGAUGUCUCUGCCAGAUGCAAACGUCACAGCACCGCAUCUGGAAUCGUUGACCUUAAUUUCUUCUAUCGGCUGCGGCAUCUCCAUGUUUUUUAUGGCCAUCGCUUUAUUCAUGCAUUUCCUGCUACGGAAAGCCAAAUCAAAUCAGGCCACGAAGAUCUUGAUGAACAUGUUUGUGGCUUUGUUUCUACUGAAUGCCUCGUUUUUGUCAAACGAGAGCGUCGCUAACACAGAAGACAACGCUGCGUGCGUCUUCAUAGCGCUGCUCCUGCAUUACUCCAUGCUGGCCUCAUUCACCUGGUUCUUCAUUCAAGCUCUUCAUAUGUACUUAUGGCUCCUCAGACAGAACGUCACCAUCACAAACUACACGAGGAAGAUCACCGUGUUGGGCUGGGUGUGUGCUGCUCCGAUAGUCGUUGCUAUUGCUUCUGUAGGAGGAUAUGAAGCAGUGACCCUAAGCACUACAUCUGGAAAAAUUGCACGAAUGUGCUGGACUACAAAUCGUUACAUUCACUACAUAGUGAACAUCGGCUACUAUGCUUUAGUUUUCGUCUUCACGACAGGAAUCUUCAUCAUGAUCGUCACUAAGGUCGUUCAGGCCAGAAACAUGAAAGCAACUGACGGCAAGAGAAAGACGUUCAGAAAGCAGCUGAUGAUGGUGUUGAGUUUGUUCCUGCUCUUCGGUCUGACGUGGUCUGUGGCGUUCUUCAGUUAUGGACCGAUGCUCAUUCCCUCAUAUUACAUAUUCACUGUGUUGAACUCAUUACAGGGGUUUUUCCUCUUUCUGUACUACUACCACAUUCACAAUGACGUCGCGGGGCAUUUCUCUGAUGAUCCAGAUAGCACCGACUCCAACACAACCAUCACUCAAUCCAGCAUUACUGCCGUGGAAAAUAUUUAUAACUAGCAUAAUUAGGACAGAAGGCCUUCUUUGUCUCAGACUUUCUUAGACUGAUUUCUUAAACUGAUCUGUCGUUGUUUAAGAGGAAACUGUGUAUUCUCACCAAAAUCAAGCUCAAAAACAGCACAAAGACAUAAGUCAUUUAUGAACAAGAAAGAACUGUUUAAAAUGAUGCAUGCACAUAAUAACCCUAAAAGGAAUCCAUUUUAGUGAAAAAACUCAAAAUAAUUGACUGACACUUUAUUGUAGAAAGUCUGAAUAUGAUAUAACCUGAUAUCACUGAUGUUCAAUUUAUUGAGCGUUAUAAUCUUCAUUCUGUCCUCUAUACGUGAUUAUGUGCGUGCCAGAGUGACUCAAACAACACUGAACCUCUUUUACUAAACAAAUUUGCAUCUUCAGGAUGAAAGUAAUGUCCACAUUUCUUUGGAUUCAUAUGUUUUUAUGGUUAUUAUUAGAUAUAGCAGCUUAAUAAAAUCCACACAUAUGGAUAUGCUGUAUAUUUGAAAACAACAUACAAAAACUGUCAGAAACAACAAUUUAAAAAAAAAAAAAAUUUGCAUUAUUUAAUGUGGUUUACAACUACAGAUGCUGUUAUCUCUGAAUGACUGUCAUGAAGCUAUAAAAUGUCAUUGUUCACCAUGAUGGACUUUCAGAGGCUCCAAAAUUAUUUUUUCACUUCAGUCAGACUUGUAAAUAUGUGAAUGUACUUCAAAUAUGUGAAAGAUUGUAUUUCAUUGUUUCUAUGAUAAAAAGUUCAAACUUAUGAAUGUGAAUGUAAAUAUUGAUUUAAAUGUUUAAAAUUUAAAACUUUGAUUUAAAAAUUUAUUUAAAUAUUGUCUAAUUGCCUCUAAUAAAGGUUAAGAUUUUAUUGGCA